AAUUAUUACACACUUUAUUCCUACUUAUCAAUGUUUGAUCUCUCGGAUAAAUAAACACAUACAAUUCGAUUUUCUUUUAGUUUUUAAUUAUAAAAACACAUUUAAUCCUUAAUAGUUUAUUCGGAUAAUAAAAAUUCGAUUUAUAAGCUAAUUAUUUAUUUAUUUUUUACUCCGUUUCCAUUAUUUAACUUAAUGGAGACGUAGAGUCUGCAUUAAAUUGGCCUAAAAAUACAAGUUUAGUCUGAGAAGAAAAAAAAAACAUGUAUUUACAUAAGAAGUGGGUGGAAGAGGUUGCAGAAUUGUUAAAUUUAUUCUGUAAAAUUAAUUAUUUUCUAUUUAAUUUAUUAAUUAGAUAUUUGAAAAAAUGAAGAUCGAAACAGAAAGCGAAGAGACGAGAAAAUCGGCAAAUUCUCGAAGACACGAGAAACCUCCCUAUUCUUACAUAGCAUUGAUAGUGAUGGCCAUUCAGAAUUCGCCAAACAAGAGAUUAACUCUGAGUGAGAUCUAUCACUUUCUUCAACAGCGUUUUACCUUUUUCAGAGGUAGUUACCAAGGUUGGAAGAACUCCAUACGUCAUAAUCUUUCUCUUAACGAAUGCUUCGUGAAGUUACCUAAAGGUUUAGGAAGACCAGGUAAAGGACAUUACUGGACUAUAAAUCCUUCCAGCGAAAUAUUAUUCGAGGAAGGUUCCUAUCGAAGAAGACCCCGAGGAUUUCGAAGAAAAUGCCUCAAACCUUAUCCUUCGUCUCAAAUGAACUUCAAUUCUGCACCCGUUCAAGCCGUCAACGGUGCACAGAAUUGUUAUCAGUCUCAUUCUUUUUAUGAUUCCAAGCAGAAAGAAGAUGUGAAUUAUUAUUCCGUCCAAGAAUAUUAUCCGGAAUCCAAUAUAUAUCCAAUUGGAAGCCAGAAUUCGGAUGUGACUUGGCAAAAUUAUGCUCCUUUAGAAGCGACUGGAUAUCAGGCAGAAAUUGUAGGACAAUACAACGGAGAGGACUAUAUCAGUGGUCCUUCAUGGCAAGGGAAUCGAAUGAUGCACAAUGCUGGAAACAGAAAUACCAACACAACUUCGUUCGCUACUCCUCUGACGUCACCGACAGUGCCGUUUUACGAUCUGAGAUAUGCAUCAUGACCUCAUAAAAUUCGUGUACAGAUUAAGUUGAAGUUUUUAUCUUUGGUGUAGAGGAUAUGUCUAGAUUUGAGGGCUCGUGUAGUUCUAGUCAGUUAAGCACCCGUAUUUAUUUUCUGUAGAUAUAGUAGUAUCUAUAUGAUUAAAAAAGAAACAGCAUUAUCUGAUAAAUAAAUGGUGGUUUAGUUCUGUUUAAUUUAAAUAAAUUUAAGAAAUGGUUGGGAUAAAUAGUGUUGUCGUUCUGCUAUCUGCCUCUAAGUUGCGGUCCAUUACCUAGGCUACUACUGUGUCGCUUCUCGUGUAUCUUCACCUUCUUUCUGUCUGAACAACGAUUAAUGCGCAUGAUCCGAAUAUAGUGAUGUAAUUCAUCCCAUCUGUUCCUUCUCCACCACGUGAUCUACACAGGAAGUGAAUUUUUUUUCUUAUUUUAAUUUUUUCUUUCUUUCUUUGUCAACUUUAAUUUUUGUACCGACCCCUUAAAAAGGGCUCAAAAUAAAUAAACA